AUGCACGUGAAUCCGCGAGUGUUCCGCGGCUUCUCCACGCUGCGGAACAGGCUGCACCAGGGGCAGUCUCUGCACAAGCGCUCGCUGUGCUUCGCGCUCUUCGCGAAGCUGUCGACUCUCGUCUUCGGCCACGGCGCGCAGUCCCGUCGGCGCUGCGGGCUGCUUCUUCUCCUGGUCGGCGCGCUCGGCGCCGCAUGCAUCACCUUCCUGCUGCACUCGUACUACCUCGCUCGCAUUCACGAGUUGGAGCAGGCGCUCGCCGCGGCGGCGCCCAAGUUCGACGCAGGCCUGCCGCCGCAGCCGGCUGCCGGCGACGCGACCGAGACGAAGGACGCGCCGCGCGAGAGACACGCCGCGCUGCCCUCCUGGGCUCGCAGAGGCAAAAUAAACGCGGUCUCUGGCGGCGUGUGGGAUGCGACGGCGGCGCUGUCGCUCUUCGAUCUGAAGGAACUGCUCCGCGAGAGCCGAGAGGCUGCGAGCGAAACCAGUCGAGCGCCCGUCGAGAAGAAGAGUCACGCGAAGGACGCGGAGAAGCACCUCCACACCCACGGGGUCGGUGUCGUCCUGCUGCUCCACAGUACCCAGGUCAUCGCUCCAGGCGCGGCACGUACCCUCCAGAGUCUCCUCUCGCUUCGGAACGCUUUCUCUGGGAAGAAACUGUUUCCCGUCAUCAUCUCUCAGGCAGGCUCCAGCGUCUGGCAGGCAAGUGCCGUCGCGCCUUUCCGCGUGGGCUCCUCCGGCGCGUACCACAUGCAGCACAACGUGAAGAAGCUGCCGCUCUCUCUGAGCCCGCCGAAGCAUCUUUCGGAUGGAAACAAAGAGGAAAGCGGCGCGGCUGCCUCGCAAGAAAUGGAAAGCGAACAUCUGCUCUGGUCUGCGAAGCAAGUCUUCGAGAAGCUCGGGUUGCCCUUCGCGUUGUUCCUCGAAGCCGAUCUCGAGUUUUCGCCUGACCUUUUCGGCUUUCUCGAGAAAGCGGUGGAGCGCCUGGUGGACGAUCCCGCGACGGGCUGCGCGUCGCCCUUUUCUUUCUUCAGCGCGCCCUCCCCUGGCGCUCUCCUUUCGGCGGAGCUGCGGACGCGACUCUGGCGCUCGACUUCGCUGCCUGCCUUCGGUCUUCUUCUCUCGCGGCAAGCCUGGAGUGCUGCUUUUUCCGUGCUGAGUCGGCAGGCGGACGCAGAGGGCGACGGCGAGGCUCCGGCAGAGAGAAAGCCGGAGGAAACAGCUGCUGCAGCGCCGCUGUCCUGUCUCGUGCCUGUCCUCUCUCGCUGCCGCAAGAGCUCCGACGCCAUGGGGCUGCCAGCUGACUGGAAGCCGUUUUUGGCGGGUCAGCAAAUCAACGAGGAGUUCGUCGAGUGGGUCGACGCCGCGGGAGAGAAAGCAGCAGCGCCCGAGGGCCUUUCUGCGGCCUUGAUCUCUGCGCUGAAUCUCGCGGCGUUUGAGAAGGAGCUUGAGGCUACGCUGGACAAGGCAAAGCCCAUCACUGCCCGCGAGGCGAAGGCUCUGCAGCUCGUCUCUUCUUCCUCGUCCCCUUCUCUAUAUCGCAUGUUUUAUUCCUCCGCAGCUGAGCUUCAAGAGGCGCUCGUGACGCUCUCAGGCGUCAAGUUGCCGUCUUUGGCUGAAUUCCCGCGGCACCCGCUGGCCGCGAAGGCAGCAGAUGCACAGGAGCAAAUGCCGGAUGCUUACAAGGGCGUUCUGUACGUGGAGCUCCCCGGCGCGCAGGUGUAUCUCCACGGGACGUGGCCUGAGCGGCUUGCAGGUCGCGUGUAG